AUGCCCGUCACAGAGUUUGCCACAAAGGAGCUCUACAAAUACCAAAAUGGCUUCAACAACCACCUAGAAUCCGAAGCCAUCCAAGGCGCCCUCCCCAUCGGCCAAAACUCCCCCCAGAAGCCCCCCUACGGCCUCUACGCAGAAAAGCUCUCCGGAACCGCCUUCACAGCCCCCCGCCACGAGAACAAGCAGACAUGGCUGUACCGCAUCCUGCCCUCGUGCGCCCACCCGCCCUACCAGCCGUCCCCCGAGUCUCGCGCCGCACAGGAGGGCGCCGACACCUCCAAGCUGCGCUACAUCCCCAACCAGCUGCGGUGGGAUCCCUUCGACCACAAUGAGGCGCGCGACCUCGACUUCGUUUCGGGCAUGAGGCUCGUCGCGGGCGCCGGCGACCCGACGCUCAAGCAGGGCCUCGGCAUGCUGGUCUACGCCGCCGGCAAGAGCAUGGACGAGAACUCGGCCUUUUACUCGGCCGACGGCGACCUCCUCGUCGUGCCGCAGGAGGGCGACCUCAACAUCCGCACCGAGUUUGGCUGGCUGCUGGUGCGUCCCAUGGAGAUCUGCGUCAUCCCCCGCGGCGUCAAAUACCAGGUCCAGCUGUCGUCGGGCCCGGCCAGGGGCUACGCGCUCGAGCUGUAUCAGGGCCACUUCAACCUCCCCGAGCUGGGCCCCAUCGGCUCCAACGGCCUCGCCAACGCCCGCGACUUCCAGGCACCCGUGGCCCAUUUCAGCGAGGACUUUGGCGCCACGGCCUCCGAGGGCAGCAGCUCGUUCGACGUCACCGUCAAGCUCAACAACACGCUCUUCCACACGCGCCAGGCUCACACGCCCUUUGACGUCGUCGGCUGGCAGGGCAACUACUACCCCUACAAGUACGACCUGGGCCGCUUCAACACCAUCGGCACCAUCUCGUACGACCACCCGGACCCGUCCAUCUUCACCGUCCUGUCCGCCCCGUCCGGCGUGCCGGGAACCGCCGUCGCCGACUUCGUCAUCUUCCCCCCGCGCUGGCUCGUCGGCGAGGACACCUUCCGCCCGCCCUGGUACCACCGCAACACCAUGAGCGAGUUCAUGGGCCUCAUCUGCGGCGGCUACGACGCCAAGAGGGGCGGCGCCGGCGGCUUCGUCCCCGGCGGCGCCAGCCUGCACAACGUCAUGAGCGGCCACGGCCCGGACGCCGACAGCCACGAGGGUGCCCGCAACGCCGCGCUCGCCCCCGUCAAGGUCGGCGGCGGCAGCUGCGCCUUCAUGUUCGAGAGCUGCCUCAUGGUCGGCGUCACCGAAUGGGGACUGCGCACCUGCAAGAAGGUCCAGGAGGGCUACAGCGAGGAGAGCUGGGGAGGCGUCAAGACGCACUGGGCGAAGCCCGCCGGCAAAGAUGUGAGAAGCCACCUCGCCGAGUGA